GUGCAGGCAGGAGAAACGCGUGACCUCAGAACGCGUAUACUGGCGUCGAGAAAACCUGCAGCACAAAUGGCACUGGAGCGUAACCGGUAGCAGGGAUCUCGUCGAGGAGAUAUUUGUCAAAGCUGCAAAGUGCAAUGCUGCUGUGGUCCCUCAAGGUGCUGGUGUGGACGCCUCUUCACCUCUCACCCUGUUCCUCCCACCAUCCUCCUCUUUUUGUCUUCCAUUUUGAGAAAGUGUCAAGAUGCUGCAAGCGAUAGAAAGAACACACAUCUGUGGUUUGCCACAGUGGAUUAGAUCCAGUCAGCACUUUCUUCUGGCUUUAGGCUGUUUGUUUUGCCUUUGCCCUCCUGCUGGGGUGGUAGCAAGUAUGUGCAGAGUGUCAGGUGGUGUGUUGGGGAUCCCCUGCAGUAGUGUUAUUGGGCUAGGCUGGCAGCCGCUGGCCGUGGACCAGGGUGGCACUCGUUGUUGGGAAUCAUGCUGUUUGGAGCCCUCGUGCAGUGCAGUGUGGAGUCUCGGGGGCUACUGUGUCCUGCUGAAGUGCGCUCGGCCCAACGGCUGUGAAAUCUCUUCUCUGCCGCUGGCUCACAUCAAUUCUCUGGGCAUCUUACAGCUGCUGGACAAGAACAAAUCCAAGAAAGGAAGAAUCCCACGGCAAACAUGGCUUACUGAUGUUAAUGAUAGACCUGAGCAUAAGUCCAGCAAUUAUCCCAUCAGUACAACACCAGCAAGUGCAGUCAGUGGUAUUGUAUCCUCUGAGUUAGCCAGUAAAGAAAUGAAUGAGCCUGUCAAUGGUAGUGGAGAGGAAGCAGCUUCAUCAUCUUGGCAGAAUUCAACAUUGUCAGAAGACAGUAUGGAUCAUUCAUCUUCCAAUAGCAGUUCUGGGUCACCAACAAGUGCAACUUAUUCUUCCACCCCAGCGGGAACUCCACCAGUGAAGGAGCUGGUGGUAUCUGCUGGCAAAAAUGUGGAAGUCACUCUUCCAAAAAAUGAGGUGGAGCUGAAUGUUUUUGUACUGCCAGCACCCCCUAAAGAUAGUAACUAUGCCUUUGACUGGCGUUUGAGGACUCACCCUAAAGACUACAGUGGAGAAAUGGAAGGGAAACAUAGUGGCACACUCAAACUGAGCAAGCUUACUGUGGGUCUGUAUGAGUUUGAGGUGAUUGUGGAUGGUGAUGGUGCACAUGGUGAAGGCUAUGUCAAUGUCACAGUUAAACCAGAACCAAGAGUCAAUAAGCCACCAGUUGCUAUAGUUUUACCAAAGUACCAGGAGAUCUCCUUACCUACAAGCUCCACUGUGAUUGAUGGAAGUCAUAGUACUGAUGAUGAUAAGAUAGUGACAUAUCACUGGGAAGAGGUGAAGGGGCCACUCCGAGAAGAGAAAGUCUCAGCAGAUACAGCUAUUCUCACGCUUACAAGCCUUGUCCCUGGCAACUACACCUUCAGCCUCACAGUGACUGACUCGGAUGGUGCUCAAAACUCAACCCAGGCCAUGUUGUCGGUCAACAAGGCAACGGACUACCGGCCUGUGGCCAACGCUGGACCCAACCAGGUUAUCACCCUCCCACGCAACUCUAUCACUCUCUAUGGCAACCAAAGCACAGACGAUCAUGAGCCUCUGGCUUACGAAUGGUCUCUUAGCCCGGAGAGCAAGGGCAAGGUGGUGGAGAUGCAGGGAGUACGAACGCCAACUCUUCAGCUAUCUGCUAUGCAGGAGGGAGAUUAUACGUUCCAGCUCACUGUCACGGAUUCAUCUGGACAGCAGAACACAGCAAAGGUCACGGUCAUUGUGCAACCAGAGAAUAACAAGCCACCAGUAGCAGAUGCAGGGCCAGACAAGGAGCUGACACUUCCUGUGGAUCACACCACCCUCAAUGGCAGCAAAAGUAGUGAUGACCAAAAAAUUGUCAAAUACCAUUGGGAAAAAACUGAAGGUCCAGAUGGAGUGAAGAUCGAGAAUGCAGAUGACACCGUUGCCACAGUAACAGGGCUUCAGGUGGGAACUUACACUUUCAAAUUGACUGUGACAGAUGAACGGGAUCUGCAAGGUUCAGACACGGUUACUGUGAUUGCUCGUGAAGAGAUUGACAAGCCACCUGUGGCCAAAGUGCAGUCCAGCCUCCCGGUCACUCUACCUGUUCGUACAGCAAUAUUGGAUGGCUCCCAAUCCUUUGAUGAUAAAGGAAUAAGCAGUUACAUCUGGAAGCGAGACGACAACAGUCCUGCAGCUGGGGAUGCCCUGAACAACUCUGACCACCAGGCAGUGCUGUUCCUUGGCAACUUGGUAGCAGGGAAGUAUAGCUUCACUCUGACUGUCACAGAUAGUAAGGGCCAAAGUGACUUCAGCACAGGCACUGUGGAGGUGCAUCCAGAUGUGUGGGAGCGAGACCUUGUGGAGCUGGUGCUGGAGGUGGCUGUGUCUCAGGUUUCUCACAGGCAAAGAGACAUGCUGUUGAGACAAGUAGCUGUUCUUCUGGGCAUACUGGACAGCGACAUCACUGUACGGGAAAUCAGUGCCUUCAAUGAACACAGCACUCGUUUAGUAUUUCUGGUGUCUGGAGGACCCGGGCGUUCACCACUGUCUGGUCACAGUGUUGCCACAGGACUCCGUAACAAACUGCGUAAACAAAAAAAUGACUUCCUCAUCUUUAAGGCCUGGAGUGUGGACACAGUUGUUUGCCAGCUGAACUGCUCAAGCCAUGGAGAUUGUGACUCGUUUACGCGUCGCUGUGUGUGUCACCCUUUCUGGAUGGAAAACUUCAUCAGAUCCCAGCUUGGUGAUGGCGAGAGCAACUGUGAAUGGAGUGUGUUGUAUGUGACCAUAACAUCGUUCAUGAUAGUGGUUGCCAUUGCAACCAUUGUAUGGGGCCUUGUCUGCUGUUGUAAGAGAAACAUUAAUAUAUCUGUGCCUGCCUGUAUGCAUGAUUUGAGCAGACGCAAGGGAAAAGUCAGACGGAAAAGUCGAUACAAAAUGCUUGAGGGAGAAGAUCAAGACAGUGUGGAGCUGCACCCAACUAGGGCAGCCCGGAUGAAACCUGUACUUGCACCCUCUUCAUCUGCCCUCAUGCACUCAGAUUCAGACCUAGACAGUGACGAUGGACAAGCAGGUGUUCCCUGGACUGAUCGAGAGCGUGGUCAUCUGCUUCGCCCUCAAAACGGCUCCUUACGCAAUGGCCAAGGGCCCCACAGAACCAAAAAACAGAGGGAGGAGUUUAUAUAGUGACUCAGCAUCACUGAUAUGGACCUUGAAUGCAACAAUGAUAUGUCACUUUGAAGCCUCAUAGCUGGAUGUUAAAGAAACCAGAAACAAAUGUAGCCUCUUCAACUGCCACCCCACGCUGAAUCUUUGCCCAAUCUGAGCCAGAAGACAUGUUGAUUUAGUAACUAGGGCAUUCACUUCUUUUGCUGCUGUCUCUAUCUUGUCAAAAAAUAAAUUUGAUGUGUAGAGCCAUUCACCCCCAAGGGUAAACAAGAAUAUAUUUUAGAAGGAGACAUUGAAUAUGUUAAAGGGAAAGCUGCUUAAAAGACUUGAAACUUGAGCUAAAUGAAGUAUCUCUCUGAGAGAGACACUCCAUCCCUGUCCUGAGCCUGUCUGACAGUCUCUUCACCCAUCAUGCUUUGAUAAACCGCUGAUCUAACCUCUCCAAACACUGCCUUGAACAUCCAUUAACUAGACCGUUUUCCUACACUGGUGGCAAUAGUGCAGAGUAACUACAAACAAGAGAGUUUGUCCUCAGUGCUGCACCUGUAUUUGCCAAGUUGUAUGACUGCAUGUAUGACUGUGUGGUGAAAGAUUUAUUUUAUUGAAAACACUGCAUGUAUUAUAUUGGAUUGUCUAGCCUUUUUGGCAGCGUGUUAAUCUCUCACGUAAAUCACCAGCAAACAACAAUGAAGUCUGCCAUCUGCUUGAGUAAAGAGAGCUAAAGGAAAAAAAUGAUUUAAAAAUGAAAAUAGACUGGAUAUAACUCUGGACCUCGCCUUCAGCUUCGCAUCUAAGCUUGUCCAAAUAAACAGCUUGGUACUCAGCUCAAGAUAUAGACCAUGUGAUCAUGGAUGACUACUGUAUGUCUUGUCUAAUUCUUUAAUUUCUUUUAUCUGGUCACUUAAUUCUCGUGCAAUUUGCAUUACACACAAUCUGCCUGUUACUCUCCUUUCACAGGUUUCUUUCUAGAUGAUGUUAAUGCUCACUGUUCAGAUUAAGAAUGUUUUUGAUAAAGGCUUCUGUGAUA